UCAGUUUAUAUUAAGCCCUAAUUCUUGUCAGAAAGAUCAGUUAAGUCAUGUCAUGUUCCAUGCACGCAACACGUACGCUAGUGCCCAGCGUGGUGUAUGCGAUGCAGUGGUUAGUUGUUCGCCACGCAGGCUGUGCCCAGUGGCCGCCAGCAUGUAUAGUGGCCCGAGUACAUGCACCAUUCACGCCCGACAGUCAGAGCCACGACGAGUCCAGGCAGCGUUCGCACACGCGGCCUUGGUAAGUCCGUUGGCCGAGUCAGUCGCCGACCGACCGGUGCGAGCAGGCCGGCGGUCCGACCAGACAAGUUCAAAGCAAUUCAGACCG